AUGACACGAAGCAACGUUGAGUUGAAUAAAUCUGAUUUUGGUAAGUCAGAUACAGGAGGAGAAUAUUCGAAUGACAGGACUGCUAGUAUAUUGGCUCGAAAAUCCAAUCAAUUAAAUAGUGCUCGUGAUGAUGGCAAUGUUAUCAAUCAAUCCCUUGA